AUGGCCACACCAAAUGUCAAAGAUAUCGUAGAGCAGCAGAGUAGAGGCCCUCGGCUUGAGCGGUCCAUCCGACUCAACUUUGUGGGCGACUGGGGCAUGGCCAACUUCCAUCGCAUCUGUUCAUGGUUGACUCAGCAGUUCUGUGAUCGGGCAGGGCGGGAUAGUCGCGUCGGGAUCUGGAACAUCCGCUAUGGCGGCAUCGAAGCCGUUCUCGAGGUGUUCCGUGGGGAGGCGCAGCUCGCCAUUGCGACGCCGGCACAAAUGAUAAGCACCGCUCUCACCGGCCAGGGCAUCUUUGCCCCUUACGGCCCAAUGCCUUCGCUGCGUGCCCUCGGCGUGCUUCCGCAAAAUGAUCGCUUGAUCCUGGCCAUUGACCCCAAAUACGGGAUCAAGUCAUUCGAGGAUUUGCGCCAGAAGCGCCCUCCACUGCGCAUCGCCACGUCCACCAAUGACGGCACCAAUUUUAUUGGCUUCACAGCCUAUGCCUUCAUGGAGUGCCACGGCAUUACCGCUGAAGUCCUCGAGUCAUGGGGCGGCAAGUACGUUACGGCGCACCGUCCCGAGCAGGCCAUCGCCUUCGUCCAGGCUGGAGAAGCUGAUGCGCUGCUGCAAGAGGCCAUCAUGACGCCUUGGUGGGCGGACAUCAUCGAAAAUUACAAGUAUGAUGUCCUGCACGCUGAGCCUUCUGCUCUAGCUCGCUUUGCUGAGAAAUACCCAAACACCGCGGCCCAGGAUCCUGACCCGCUCCCGGCCGGGUUCUGGUCGACCCUCACUGAGCCCCUCCACACGCUCGACUUUUCAGACUUUGUCGUCCUCGUCCGUGACGACCUGCCCGAGGACGUCGCCCACCUUUUGACCUGGUGCCUGGUGGAGACUAGAUCCGCCAUCGAGGGCCAGUAUAAGCACCUCAAGCCUGAAAGGUCUCCCUUGACCUAUCCACUUAGUCCUGCCAAGAUGGCGCAAUCCCCCAUCCCGCUUCACGAGGGUGCAAAGCGUUUUUAUCAAGAGGCUGGGCAUCUGUGA